AACCUCACCUCCGGACAAGACCUGCCCACCCUCCACUCCUGACACCAUGACCCACUCGUGCUGCUCCUCUUGCUGCCAGCCUACGUGCUGCAGGACCACCUGCUGCCGGACCACCUGCUGCCAGCCCACAUGCUGUGGGUCCAGCGGCUGUGGGUCCAGCUGCUGCCAGCCUUGCUGCUGCCCAACUUGUUGUCACACCACCUGCUGCAGGACCACCUGCUGUAGGACCACCUGCUGCCAGCCCAGCUGCUGUGGGACCACCUGCUGCCAGCCCAGCUGUUGUGGGUCCAGCGGCUGUGGACAAAACUGCUGUGGGUCCCACUGCUGCCAGCCAGUUUGCUGUACCCCCGUGUACUGCACGAGAACCUGCUACCACCCCACCUGCUGCUGCCUGCCUGGGUGCCUAGCCCAGGGCUCUGGAUCCUGCUGCCAGCCUUCCUGCUGCUGAUUGCCUCGCCAAGAACCACCAUCUGACUUGCCACUUGGGAAUUGGUCACCGCCAAGCGUUGCGGAAAGCCGGCCCGCAAUCCCCAACAUCUCGGUUAGUCGCCUGCCUGUCUACCAUCUUGUGAACCGGCCCGGAUCAAGUUGUGGACCGCUUCUCCCUGAUUCGCUUCUUCUUUCCUUCCUCUGGGUCAUGUGCCAGCUUCACCCAUCCUGACACAGAGUUAGGAUCUCUGUUUGGUCUCCAUAGUCAAGAACUUUAUCCUGUCCCUCUAAAUACGUUAGCAAAACAACUCCUCAGGAAUGACCUAUAACUCGUGGAAACUGCUGAAAGCCCACACGGGUAUGUUUUCUUUCUCGGUGUACUCGAGAAGCUUGUAUGCCUCUUGCUGCCUGUCAUGUUCCCUUUCAAUGUCUCCCUAGACGUGGGGAGUCUCACCUGUAUCUCUUAAUAAAUUCUCUAUCAUUUGGAA